AAUAGAAUGAAAAAAAUAAUAAAAAAGGUAAUUGGGCGAGGGAAACGAUGUCGUUCGAUUUCUGAUAAAGGGAGUCGAGUGCGUUUGAUUUGAUGAAAUGAAUGAAUCUGGUAGAGCAGGGGAAAGAGUAGUAAUGCGUCCAGAACCGAGCUCAGUAGCAGAAGCGAACAUUUCAGAAUGUUCAUCUUCAUCAUCACCGUCACCAUCGACCCCCGCAUCUGCAUCUGCAUCUGCAUCCGGAAAGAGAAGCAGAGAUCCUGAAGAUGAGGUUUACCUCGACAAUUUCCACUCUCACAAGCGUUAUCUCAGCGAGAUCAUGGCAUCUAGUUUGAAUGGACUUACUGUUGGAGAUCCACUCCCUGACAAUCUCAUGGAAUCUCCUGCAAGGUCUGAAACCAUGUUUUAUGCAAGGGAUGAUAUGCCCUUAGAAUACUCACCAAUGUCAGAGGACUCAGAUGACUCUCGCUUCUGUGAGAACCCCAUAAACACGUUCUCCUCACAACAUGAGAGCACCCCUUCUAGUCCAGUCUCUCCGUAUAGGUACCAAAGACCACUUACUGGGUUUCCUUCAACUUGUUCGACUAGUUCGCAUCCUUCACAUAGCUGCGCUCUCACUAAUUUCAACUGCUCACAGUCCCGUCAACGAGGCUCUGAUUCAGAGGGGCGAUUCCCAUCAUCACCUAGUGACAUUUGCCACUCAGCUGACUUAAGGAGGGCUGCACUCUUACGGUCAGUGCAGAUGAGAACACAACCUGUUGGUCCCCCAUCUUUUGAGUUGACAUUUGGUUCAGGGCAUAGUAUUGAAGGCGAGGAGAGGCCAUGCUCCUAUAUGAAAUCUUUAGUUGAUGAAAGGGAUUACCAGAUUGGUGAGUGUUCUUCUAUGGGUAUCUCAGAGCCUGACUUCAAGGCAGAAAAAUCAUGCAGGAUGAUGAAUAUGGAUGUCAAGGGGAAUCAUUCUGCUGCAGAUUAAAUGCUUCAGUUAUUGUUAGGUGAGGUCUUGCGCAACUUGCAGAUUCUGGAGUGCCAUACAAGCUUUAGGCUUUCUCUUUAUUUGCAGAUGGUGCUGCUAACUGUGGGGGUGGAAAAGGUAACCAUAUUUCAGUAAAUAUGUACCCUUCAUUCUGGGGAGUGGGGAUAACUCAUCCAACUUUUAUACUAUUAUUGUAAAUCAGUCAUGUAAAUUGUUAUUUACCAAGUCCUAGAGGUUCCAAAUUUGAUUUCCUCUCAUGUAAAUUAUUUGAUAUUGUUAACAGCUUAUCUCUCUUCUAC